AUGUCCAAGCUCAUCAACCGCGUCACCAUGUUCAAGCUCGAGGGAGCUGAGGCCCAGGCCAAGCUGCUCGCCGCCUACGACAAGCUGGCUAAGGAGCAGAACAGGGAUGGCAAGCCUUAUAUCGCAUUCCUGAGCGCCGGCAUCGCUCAUGACGAUCCCCGCUCCAAGGGCUACACUGUUGUCGCGCAGUCGUCAUUCUACAGCCUUGACGACAUGAAGUACUACGACGAUGCGGACGUUAGCCACCAGGAGCUCAAGAAGACCGCCAGGGAGGCUGGGUUGUCGGAGCCGCCUUUGACGGUCUAUGUCGAGGCAGCCCCAGCCAUUGACUUGAAGAGGGCUUAG